AUGUGCCCUCAGGUAAAGACGGAGAUGGACAAGGAGACGUUCUACAGGGAGGCGAUGACCAGCGCCAACGUGUCCCUCCUGCAGAAGAGGAUCGGCGAGGCCGAGUUCGAGGUGAAGAUCAAGCAGCUUACCACGGCCAUCACUGGGCCGCUGAACAACAUGGGGAAUGAGAUCAAGAAGAUUUUCCGCCAGAAGCAGGCUCGCAACCCUGUUCCAGAGAAGUCAGUGCCCAAGCGGCGCAAGGUCAGUGCCAUGGUGAGAGGGCGGGCUCCCGAUGCACAGUGCGACGGGACAUGCUGGGCAGAGGAUGGGCGGGCAGGCAGGGGCCUCGGGUACAGGGCAGUAUUGUUGUACAUCAAGGGGGAUUGGGCUGAGUUCCAGAAAACGUUCGGGCUGUCAGGGUGGAACAGCAUUUUCAAUCCUUGUCCGUGUUGCUCGGCGCCGCUGGAUUCUUUGCACGUGACAUACCCUGGUUUCCUGAGCUCCGAGGGCCUUCCGUUCCCAGACAGAGAUCCAGAAUCGUAUUCAGAAGCAUGUGACCGCUGCGAGCACACCAUUCGUAUUGAUUCUCAGGAAAAGCUGGCACAGGUACUAGGCAUGUUGCGCUUUGCAGACCCAGAGUCAAAAAAGGUUGGUGGGCUCGUUGUAGUCAAAGAGGUGGCGGGGAUUCCUUUAAUGCUUAAUGAUGCGGUGCUCCCCUCGCCUGAGCUUCCAGACAUCCGAUUGGUGUACAGCCAGCCGGUGCCUUUUGACAUUGUGUUCCGGUCAUGGCUGAUGGUACUCGCGGACGCCCGCAACGUGAAAGUGCUUUUGGAGAACCCAUCGUGCUCCAUCUUUUGGCACGUUGACUCGGUCAAGGAGCAGACGCCGAAGCCACGCCAGUGGGCAUAUGGGCUGGUUAGUUUUACGAUGCUCAGGGAGAGGGAACUGAGCAGCACAAUCGAGACGAGCAUGUGCACCUCUGCCACUGCAGCCCACGGUACAAGCACCGAGGCAGGACCGACCGAUCCGCACAGUGCCAUUCAUUGUGCAGGCUCUUCAGCAGACUAUCGCACAACAGAUUACAACCAGUUCCGGAUUGACAAUAUCCUGACGGCCAAGCUGGUUCUCGACCUGGCCGGGGCACGCGACGUCUUACUGACCAGCGAAGCACUUCGCAACUUGAAGACAAUACUUUCCGACUUGAUCACCUCUGCCAAGCCACAUGGGCUGGAGCUGCGCCCGACUAAUACCAAAAUCAUGACCAACCGAGCCCGGCACCGCGACCAGGCGCACAAGGCCGCGGUGUUGGCCAGAUUUCUCGAGGAGGCCUCGGCGCGCCGCGAGCAGGGCCUGGUGCAGGUGCGGACGUUCCUGGCGGAGCCAGACUCCGAGGAGCGGAGGGACAUGCGCCGCACGUGCAGCGACAGCGCCCUGCAGAGGUUCAACGCCUCCGAGGAGGAGGAGGAGGACGGGGACGACGAGCACCCGACCGCCUGGGGCGGGAGCUGA